AUGCGAGCACAUAAACAACAAUAUUCACACAUGUUUUGUUUUUGGCUUCAUUGAAAAUGUUUUGUACGGCGUUAAAUCGUCUUAUUGAGCAUGGACAAGUUUUAGAUCAAAGAAGUGAGAUUGAUCAACAGCUUCUUGAAACCCUUAAGAACAUAACAGAUGGUUUAAAACAGUUGAAAAACAGGGAGAUUUUAGACUGCCCACAUAUUGAUGUCUUUGUUAAAAUCCUUGGCCAGGAGUUGGAGGCUGUGGUAAAGGAAGCAAGUAGUGUUGCAAUGAAAUUGCCCAAUCAUGAUGUCUGUGUGGAGUGCUUGAGAUGUUUACGGAAUUCUUGUGUGGAUUGUUCACGUAACCAAAACCUGCUAUGUAAUACUGAAGCAAUUAGUUUCAUCAAGAAGUUGGUAGAUGUAUUGACAAGGCAUCCAGAGGGCAGCAAACAAGCAACAACACUUUGCUGUGCUAUUCAAGUCCUUAGCAAUAUAGGAAGUGGCAAUAAACAAGCUCAGCAGAUGAUCUGGAUGAACAUUUUCCCAGACACUUUAUGGCAAUUUUUAAAGUAUGCAGAUAAUAAAGUACAAACUUAUACAUGUAUGCUUAUCUGUCAUUCUCUGACCUCUGACCUUCAACAGCUACUCAUUAUGCAGCCCCAGGGUUUAGCCAUCAUAGACACCAUUUUGGAACUUUCUACAAAAGAGACUGAACAAGACUGGUGCUUACAAAUCCUGCAAGAAUUAUUAAAGUCUUCUGGUUUUUUUCUGGAGGUGUAUGACAGCUUCAGCGACAAUUCAAAGGUAACGCUUCUUGAUGUCACGGCAGCACUACUCUCAAAUGAUACCGAUAAUUCAUUGGUUCAUGAAACUGUAACAGUAAGCUCAGCCAGCAAUGCUUGUUCACAUUCCCAUGUACCCGUCCUUUCCAUUGCCUAUCUUGCUGAGAAGUUUGAAGAAUGUACUAAAUAUUUGACAGGGUUCAUUGAAGAUAAUGAUACACACUCAAGGAAUGAAAUUGAGCUGCUUGUACCUCUACGACUUUUAAAAGUGCUGUGCUUUGCAACAUCAAACUUACAAAUCUACCGCCCUCUACAGGAUAGAACUUCAUUACUUGUGUGUGCAUUAGGUCUUCUUCAAAGUGCUCAUCUUCUAAAGCCUAAAAUUGAAUCAACAUCCUCAACUCUUUAUUCUGGCCAACAAGAUAUACACCCAAGCCAUGGAUUCAAGAGAGAUCUAAUCCGGUUGGUUGGCAAUAUGUGUUUCAGACAUACCUAUAACCAAAACAAGGUUAGAGAAUUGGAAGGAAUACCAUUACUACUGGAUAACUGUACAAUCGAUUCAAAUAACCCUUUUAUAAGUCAAUGGGCAACUCUGGCCAUACGUAAUGUUUGUGAGAACAACCGGGAAAAUCAAGAAAUCAUCAAGGGAAUGAAUACUAAAGGAAUAGCCAGUAGCGACAUGAUCCAAAGUAUGGGGAUCCAGACGGAAAUUAGAGACGGACAGGUGUAUAUAAAGACAAAACCCAAGUAAACGAAACAAGAUUUACAUGAACAGCCUCUACAGUUACAGAUAACUUGAACUUCAUGGAAGUCUGAUAGUGAUGAGCGGUGGCAUAAAACUAAAUUUUGGUCAAGGCCCACAGAGUCUGAAUUAGCGCCGUGAUGUUUCAUUCUCAGCGUCAAGGUUGCUGUAAACGGAUGUUCGAGCAUAAAAAAUAACAACAUAAACCGAAAUCAUGUGUUUAAAUAUAUAGAAUAUACCAGGUUAUUAUAUUAUUCAACGCUUAUCUAAGAAACCGUAGCACAAUCUGUCAUUUUCAAUUUUAAUAUGUGUCGACUUUUGCAUAAAUUGAAAGGAUAGAUGUUGUCCAGAUAUGAUUACUGUACACUGAGAGUAAGGCGUGGUUAAGAAUAAUUAUGAAAUGGAAUUAAAGUAUAAACAUGAUUCUUACUCAGAAUUUGAUCAAUGAUUAAAUAAUAUUCUUGGUUAAACCUAAUAUUAACUACUUUGCAUCAUAUAACAGUAUUAGGUUUUUUUUCUUCGUGUUAGGAAGAAUUUAAUUUCGCUUUUUUUUUAGUUCACACAGGCCAGCAGUAGCUUGAAGUAAGCCAAUGUGAUAAAUAGGCUAUUUUCAAAAAUUAGGGUGAAGGGGAGAUUUCGCGCCAACACCAUUUUGACUGCGCGUCCUAUUUAGUUUACAAAAGGGGAUCCCCUAUUUUAAUAUUGAAUGACUCUUGUGAUUCGUUUUUUGUAGUUACUCACUUAAAACCCUAUAGGAUAUUUCAACAUAGGGCUAGAGCUGAACAAAAGUAGCGUAACGGUGAAAAUGAUGAGGCCUAUAUCUACAAUCAGAUUGCUAGAUAAGCCAUGGGGAACAUGAGCAUAGGCUAAUGUACGGAUAACACAUAAAAAAAUAAUGUCUCAAGACGUUAUUAUUAGGAAAAAGACACAAAAAUCAUAUUGAAAAAAUUAAAAAAAAAUAUCUGAAGCGGUUAGUGAGAUACAGAUUUUUGAAUAUUUAAAAACAUGGGGAAAAGCUGAAAAAGUGUGGUUACGCCCUUUCCCCACAUAAAUCUGUAUCCUCAUAACCGCUCCAAACUUUUUCGUCAAAUAUGCUUUUUAUGUCUUAGCAUUUUUUCCUCCGGAACGCGACUUAUAAUGAUUAUUUCUAUUGAAACGAUUAUGUUUUUGCUAUUACAGUUUGUUUAAUACAACAUGAUUAAUUAGAUUACCAGUCUAAUUUAAUGUGUUACGAAAGGAAUACACGACUUUUAUUAUGCCCAUAUACUCAUGGGUGUAUAUUUUUCAAUUUAAAGCUUAUAAUUUCCUUAAUAAAUAGUGAGAAAUCACUAUAUUAAUUAGCACACACCAAUAGAUUAUCGUUAAUAUUAAUGUGGCCAUCACACGAGCUAA